GACAGAGAGAGAUUGAGAAGGCGAAAAUGGUGCAGAAGGAAGAAAAGAUGAGAAAAGGUCCAUGGACAGAAGAAGAAGAUUAUCAGCUGGUUUUACACGUGAACUUGUUUGGUGAAAGACGAUGGGAUUUCAUAGCGAAAGUAUCAGGUUUGAAGGUUGGCGGGAGACAAAAGUACUAGGUUUGAAAAGAACUGGGAAAAGUUGCAGGCUCCGCUGGGUCAAUUAUCUCAAUCCUGCUUUAAAAAGAGGCAAGAUGACACCCCAUGAACAGCGACUUGUUCUUCAACUUCAUUCUAAAUUGGGAAAUAGAUGGUCAAAAAUUGCUCAGAAAUUACCUGGAAGAACAGAUAAUGAGAUCAAGAAUUACUGGAGAACUCAUAUGAGGAAAAGUGCUCAAGAGAGGAAGAAAUCUGCUGUAUCUCCAUCGUCAUCGUCCUUGUUCAAAUCUUCUUCAUGUAACAUAAUUGAAGAGAUCAAAGAGCCCAGUUUUUAUGAUACCGGAGGUCUUGGUAUGGUAGCAAGUACAGAAAAAAAACUCGAUGUGCUAACGCCCAACUCAAAUAUGGAUGGACCUGUCUCGCGACGUUCUGAAUCGAAGAAUGUACAAGAAAAAGAAGAAACCACAAAAUUCAACUCCAUGGAUGAGAUAUGGAAAGACAUUGAAUUGUCUGAAGAAAAUUACAAUUUCCCAAGUCAAACAAUGGCAUCUCCAUUAUGGGAUUAUUGUCCAGACUUUCUUUGGCCUAUGGAUGAAGAAGAAAACAAGAUGUUUCUGCCAAUGAGUUAUCAGUUUCGUUCUUUCAAUCAGAAGAAGACUGGCUAAUUAGACUUUUAAAAAAAAAUAAAAAAAUAAAUAAUAAUAAUAAUAAUUAUUAUAGGUUUUAAUUGAUUAGGUUGAAUAAUUAGGAAGUAAGUUCUAUGUUUGUUUAGCUUCAUGUUCUUAUAACGCUGUAGGGGUGUAUAGGUGCACGUAGAAUACGAAGUAUGGCAGUCCGACACACUAUAGGCCGGUUCAGGCCUCGAACGUAUAGAUCUAGUAUGAUGUGAAUUACAACUCUAUGUCACGGUUCUUCUUUAUUAUGAAAUUACUUGUAAUAAUCUAGUUAUGUAUAA